UGUGUAACCCACGAUAUGAAGCUGGGCAUCUAUGCUGACCAAAGGCAUCCAAAUACAACCAUUCCUCUUGUUAUGAUGUCUUUUUAGACCCAAGUCCAGUCACUGAACCAAGCAUCUCCAACAAAGGUCUUUAUUGAGCUCGCUAUUGCUAGAAAACAAUGCAUUCACGUCCUUUGAUCUCAAUACAAUGCGGUUUGUUAACUGAUAAUAUAUAUGAGACGUACUCGACGAUGCAUACGGGUAUCUAUUGAUGAACGAAGUAUCUUAGCAGCCUGUUGAUUGGAAGACUACAAUUCCUGCCAGGCGCAAGAAUAGGCACGAAUGAUAGAGAACACACAAGCGUACAUCCACGGCAAUCAUCCCAACUCUUCCAUACACCUAAAGCUAGGUUAAUAGUAGUACCCCAAAAAUGACACGCUACAACAGAGGCAUCGCGGGCGAGCGCGCCGCCGUGCGCGAAGCACAGCGCGAAGCAGCGCGGCAGCUCGAAGAAGCAGCGUGUCGUCGGAGGCCUAGCCUAGCAGAGUCGGAGACGUCCGCGUCAGCUGAUGAGACGGAGAGCUGGCUUCCCGGUAGGUUCGUCGUCGCCAAAACACCACCACCACCUUCUUCUAUUACCUCCAAAGCUGAGCUGGGGAGAAAUGUGGUGAGGGAAAGGGAUGAUGUGCUGCCGCUGGCGAUGCAUAAGUGUCUCGAUAUGGAUCCGAUUAAGAAGGGCUCGUUCUUCUUCAUGAGCUCAAGGUACGUCGAGGAGGUUGAGGAUUGGUGUUGGUUUGAUGAGGAGAGGCGGGGGGCGACGUUUUGACGAGGGGCCUUGCUAGGUAGGUAGGUAGGAUUUGGGUUGGUUGCGCUGUCUCUUUUUAUUGCCGGUUGCGAUGGUUUCUCCAGGCCGUAAGCACAACUGUUUAUAGGUUGGUAGGUAUGGCAAUAUGGGUACUUAGGUAAGUUUAACUGCUGGAAUGUUUUUAUAACAAUACGUAAUGCGAUUCUUAAGACGAGUUCAGUCUCUUUCG